UAGUUCAGUUAAAAUCAGAUGAAAAAACAUUCUGUAGAAGCUGCAUUUACUCAGGUUUCUUUAGGAACUAUAGGUGCUGGACUUCAUUUCCCAGAAUCCCCAGUGCGGCCCCGCCUCUCCUCACAUACCUCCGCUGUACGCGUGCGUUGGCUCCACACAGCACAAGUUUUCCCACCAGGAGAGCGGAGUCACGGAGCACGGCACCAAAGUUUCUCCACGGGAAUGGGCCACUUCCAGAUGGAGGCUUCACUUCCAGACUUCACGGCCACGAUCACCACAAACACUCGGGGUUGGAUUUAAAAGGAUCGUCAGAACCAACACAACCAGGAUUUUCUUUAUUGUUGGUUUUUGUUUUGUUUUUUUUUGUUUCUUCCCCUACAUCACCUCUCUGUGGAUUGUCUCUCCUGCGGCUGAAGGUUGAUCCAAAUCGGGGGGUUACUCUGCUGCUCCCGGCGAGGAAAAAUGUGUUCCUCCGGUAGUUUGGUGAAGUUUUUCCUGCGUUUUCUGCUUGUUUUGACACUGCAGCGUGGAUGUGGGGCCGACACGCGGACGUGCCCCGCUCCGUGCGCGUGUUUCGGGGAGCUCGUGGACUGCAGUCGCCUGAGAAGGGGCCACAUUCCAGAUCGGAUCCCGGAGUGGACGGUGCAGCUAGACCUGAGCUACAACAAAUUGCAGGUGCUCGACGCCGCUCUGUUUUCCAAACUACAACAUUUGACCGAAGUAAAACUGAGUCACAACGAACUGGACUCGAUACCAGAUCUGGGCCCUUACGCCUCCAACAUCACGUCGCUCGUUCUAGCAAACAACAAGAUCAGCAGGAUCUCUGUGGAGCAGCUACGGCCUUACCUCGCUCUGGAAACACUCGACCUCAGCUACAACAACAUGGUGGAUAUAAAGGCCAGCUCCUUCCCCGCUCUGCCCCUCAAGAACCUGUUCCUCAACAACAAUCGGAUCUCAGCGUUGGAGUCGGGCUGUUUCACGAACCUGUCCAGCAGCCUGCAGGUUCUGCGGCUCAACCGCAACCGCCUCUCCACCAUACCACCCAAGAUCUUCCAGCUGCCCAACCUCCAGCAUCUGGAUCUGAGCAGGAACCGCGUUCGCCGUGUGGAGGGCCUCACGUUCCAGGGCCUGCACGCCCUUCGCUCCCUGAAGAUGCAGAGAAACGGCCUGAGUCGUCUGAUGGACGGAGCCUUCUGGGGCCUCAGCAACAUGGAAGUCUUGCAGCUGGACUUCAACAACCUAACGGAGGUGAGUAAGGUUUGGCUGUACGGCCUGCUGACUCUGCAGCAGCUCCACCUCAGCCACAACGCCAUCAGCAGGAUCCGACCUGAGGCCUGGGAGUUCUGCCAGAAACUCAGCCAGCUCAACUUGUCCUCAAACCAUCUGUCGCGACUGGAGGAGUCCAGCUUCGAAGACCUCAGCCUGCUGGACGAGCUCCAUGUCGGGAACAAUCGCGUGAGCUUCAUCGCAGACGGAGCUUUCCGUGGACUCUCCAACCUGCAGAUGCUGGACCUCCAGAACAAUGAGAUCUCGUGGACUAUCGAGGACAUGAACGGACCGUUCUCUGCCUUGGAACAUCUGAAGAAACUAUUUCUGCAAGGGAACCAGAUCCGCUCGGUGACCAAGAAGUCUUUCUCGGGCCUGGACGCGCUGCAGCACCUAGACCUGAGUAACAACGCUAUCAUGUCCAUCCAAGCAAACGCCUUCUCUCAGAUGAAGAAUCUGCAGGAGCUGCGUCUCAACACCUCCAGCCUGCUGUGCGACUGCCAGCUGAAGUGGCUUCCCGUCUGGGUGGCUGAACAAACCUUCCUGCCCUGCGUCAACGCCAGCUGCGCCCACCCGCAGAUGCUCAAGGGCAGGAGUGUGUUUGCUGUCAGCCAGGAUGAGUUUGUGUGCGAUGAUUUCCCAAACCCUCAAAUCACGGUUCAGCCAGACACCCAGUCAGCCCUCAAGGGCUCCAAUGUGACGUUUGUCUGUUCAGCGGCCAGCUCCAGUGACUCACCCAUGAAGUUCGCCUGGAAGAAGGACAACGAGGUCCUGAACGACGCCGAGAUCCACAACCAGGCCCACCUGCGAGUGCAAGGAGGAGCCGGAGGCGAGACAGAAGUGACGGAGUAUACGACCACCCUGCAGCUGCGUAACGUGGAGUUCUCCAGUGAGGGCAAAUACCAGUGUGUCAUCUCCAAUCACUUUGGGUCGUCCUACUCCACCAAGGCCCGGCUGACUGUCAACAUGCUCCCCUCCUUCACCAAAAUGCCAAUGGACCUAAGCAUCCGGGCGGGGGCCACAGCCAGACUGGAAUGUGCUGCCGUGGGUCACCCUUCUCCUCAGAUUGCUUGGCAGAAAGACGGUGGAACUGAUUUUCCUGCCGCACGGGAACGCCGCAUGCAUGUCAUGCCAGAGGACGACGUGUUUUUCAUAGUGGACGUCAAGACGGAAGACAUUGGCGUUUACAGCUGCACUGCCCAGAACACAGCUGGAGCCAUAUCUGCAAAUGCUACGCUAACUGUCCUAGAAACGCCCUCCUUCCUGCGGCCCCUCAUGGAUCGCACUGUGGCCAAGGGUGAGACCGCCGUCCUCCAGUGCAUUGCCGGCGGCAGCCCCCCACCAAAGCUGAACUGGACCAAGGACGACAGCCCCUUGGUGGUGACUGAGCGCCACUUCUUUGCAGCUGCCAACCAGCUCCUCAUUAUUGUUGAUGCAGCGGAGGCAGACGCUGGAAAGUACACCUGUGAGAUGUCCAAUGCCCUGGGCACCGAGAGAGGCAACGUCAGACUGGCCGUCAUAUCCAACGCCAACUGUGACCCUGGUUUGCAGGGCAGCGCAGGUGUGGGCAUGGUGUCUGGCUCAGGGUCAGAUGAUGAUGGGUGGACCACUGUGGGAAUUGUGAUUAUAGCAGUGGUGUGCUGCGUCGUGGGCACGUCGCUAGUUUGGGUGGUCAUCAUUUACCACACAAGAAGGAGAAACGAGGACUGCAGCGUCACCAACACAGAUGAGACCAACCUUCCCGCUGACAUUCCAAGCUACCUGUCGUCCCAGGGCACGCUGGCCGACCGACAAGAGGGCUACAUCCCUUCAGAGAACAGCAGCGGUCAUCAGUACAUGCCGCCGUCACUAGGGGGCUUCUACCUGCCGCCUAAAGACAUGAACGGCCUCUGUCAACUGGAUACAGGAAGUGAAGCCGACAUGGAGGCAGCCAUGGAUCCUCUGCUUUGUCAUUAUCAAGGACCAAUGGGCUCGCUGCUACGCCGGGAUAACAUGUACUCCACUGAUCCUUCAGAGGUCUUCACAGGCUGUUCCAUGGACCAAAGGCCUAAAUGCGUUGACUCCUACAGCGGAAGCCUGACAGCGUCAAAAAAGAGGGACUACUUCCCGUCAGAACAUUUUGACGUCUGCUCUUCAACCGUCCUGAUGCAGUUCCCUAGCGUCGGUCUUCAUCAUGGCUCUUGUCACCAGCAAAGCGACCGCAGACCGUCCGUGGAGGAAGGGGAUGGGAACGACUUCAUCCGACCUCAUGAGUUCAUCCCUCCCUGCAACACCUUCAUGGGAACAUUUGGGAAGACACCCUGGAGAUCUCAGCAUGAAAGCUACACCGGGAUCAGCCCGCCAUCGGUGGCACAUAAUGUAAAAGUUCCACAUGAAAACCCUUACGUUGCCCCAGAUAUUGACUCAGACCAGGAGGAGAGAAAUCUCACUCCGGACCCGACAUCGGAGCAGAAGAGCAGCAUCUGUGAACAGCUGUUCGACGGCGACAGCAGGACUGAUGCGUUACCGCAGCACAGAACGAGCACUUAGCUCCUGUUUGCUCUCGGUUUGUCAUGAAGAGGACAAAAAAAAAAUUCUACCUCAGUAAAUGGACACUUUUGCAAUAAAGGACACCUGAAAUGUGCAAAGACUGAAUGUAAAGGACUAUUUGAUGUUCCUGUUUCAAACAACAACAAAGGAGCAGCGUUUUCAGCUGAUGUUGAAGAACACAGCCUUGGUGUGUAACAAUAAAUGAAUAUAUACAUUUUUAUAUAAGAAAUUUAUUAUAUUUUGUAAAUUGUAUAUAAACAGAUUCCAUUAUUUUUGCUUACGUGUUGUGUGAGAAUUCCGCGCCUUGCCUUUCAAGUUAUUUCAGCUUUGAAUGAAGCAUUAUUUUGCACAUAUACAGUAUGGUAACAAUAAUAAAAAAAACAACUUAAUGUGUGCUGCUACAUUCACCAAAGGUGCCACGAGUUUUUCCUGACGUCACGUUCACAAAUUUGCAUUUUGUGUAAAGGACUUUUAAGCUUUGAUUUGAAAAUGAAAUUUGAUUACAU